GUCAAAUUAACAGUCGCGUUAUGCUACUCUGGACGUGACGACAUGGGCACACUGCUACUGGGGCAGGUCUACCCUUCAUGUCAAGGCCGUAUGAGCCCAACAGCCAAUCAUAAGUCAAGCAGACAAGUAAUAUAGCGGAGUUCUCAUGACAUUUGCCAGAGGGCUCGUUCUGCUGCCUGGAAAAUUAAGUGCACCAUCAGGGAACGGCUUCUCUUCGUCGAUGGGCCAGCCCAAACGGUGGGACGCAUCUGACUGAGCAUAUUCAUGAAACAAGUUCAGGCCACUGGUCCACCAACACGGCUACAAUAUCCAUUUUGAGUUCAGCUGCUAUGGCCGGGAUGACCGCAAUAGGUUACGAGAGCUUCCACGAUGUUCACGCCGGUGUGCUGCGGAGAGAGCAGACGUAUGACUAUCGGAACUCCGGAUCGGAUGCCUACGGUAAUUCUGGCUUUGUUUCUCCGAUGACCUCAGAUCAAAGCUCUUCUGUGGGUAGCGGUUUCGCCGUCGAACAGAUCAGCAACACCUCAUCCAGCACCGAGUACGAGAGUCUGCUCGAUCUCGACUUCAUACUGGAGAAUAGUGCCGCACAAAGAGCCAGCGUUACCGCUGACUCAUUCGUAGCUCUUCAGACCCAAUCAACGCCAUCAAACGUCACAUCCGUGAAUGGCUUGACUUUAAGCAGUCCCACUGUUUCGGCGAUAUCCUACCCUCGAGUCAUUCGAGUGCAAAGUAACGAUGUUGACGCGAAUUCAUGCACAAACUCAGGCGCAAAGUACUACUACGAGCUAGGGAACGUCCACAAUCCUUCUCCAGUCUGUGUGAAAGCAGAGCCGAUAUUUCCAGAACCUAAUUAUAAAUCUACAAAUGAGGCCCUCCGACAAGUACACCACUACACCUGGACUACUACAUCGGUGAAUGGGGUUUCAAGUGGACAAGAAAUCGGUGAAGCCUAUCACCCGCAACGCACCGCAAGCGAAGACCAAUUUGUGCCUCAGUUUCGUGCAGCAGCACUUACUAUUUCACAGCCUACCUCCCAUCAGCUGCAUUUCACACAUCCCACAGAAACCACCACGGAUGUAUCCAUGCACCUCCCCUCGUACGCGAUAGGUAAUAACGGUCAAAGUCACACAACAAGAUUUUACCCAGUAACGUGCCCACCAUUUGAACCAGGAUCCGAGCUGCAGCAACAUCAGCACCAAGUGAACACGAAUGCUUUGACCGCGAGCAAUGCAAACACGAUGUGCCUCUCAUCCUCAUACCUAACCUGUUCCGAUGACAGUUCAUUGAAUUGCAGCGUAGCCCAACCGUGCCUUACAGGCAAGAUGAGCAUCGCGGACAAUUCGGUCCAGAACGCCUUCCACCCACAGGUCACGACUCCGCUGACAGAGUACAAACAAAGCCCCUUUAGUAAUUCCUUGUACCGGUUAGAUAACUGGAGUUCAACCCUGCCCAGUGCUUUCCGGGCACUGGCCCCACGCUCACAGCAUUUCCAGAGGAGCCGUGCAUCUGGUAACCUUAACAGGUUGCACUCUGAUACGCAGAUUAGUGAACUCACAUAUAGCACACAAAUAUCGGAGUCAAGGACACUCGCCCUACUGAGCACGACACCAACCGGUGGUGGCAGAACUCCUACUGAUGAAGUAUCCAAGCUGUCGAUGAUACCGAUGUCUGAGACCACUGUGAUUACUAAACGUCGCGGGAAGACACGAUCACGCACCGAAGAAUCGGGUAUCCGAACAAAGAAAUCCUUGGCGCUGUUACAUGUUUGCCCAUUUAAUACAUGUGCCAAAGCCUAUUCAAAAAGUUCCCAUCUGAAAGCUCACAUGCGAGUACACACCGGAGAGAAACCGUUUCCAUGUGAUUGGCCUGGAUGUACCUGGCGAUUCGCUCGUUCGGAUGAACUGACUCGCCACUACCGCAAACACACCGGGGAUAGGCCUUUUCAAUGUCGGCUGUGUCAGAGAGCGUUCGCUCGAAGUGAUCAUCUAACUCUGCAUAUGAAGAAGCAUCAGAGCAGCCACUGACGAUGAACUGUGCCGAAUCAUCGAGAAAGGGUAUGGAUGAGUUGACCCGACGAUUCAUUUUCAUGUGUACAGCCGUCCGAGAUGGGUCACUGGGUUGUAGUUUGUGCUUCCAGACACCGCAUACUGUUCCUUCGCCUAACAAAAUCAUCAAAUAUUCAGUGGCUAUCAAUAACACGUACCCACACUCGAUCCGCAGUUCCAUUCCCCACCUCCCCACUGCAUUUAUCCCUUGGUACGGCGAGUUUUAGUCCGACCAUCGAAUUGAUCAGGCACCUUUUUUGUUCGUUCUGAGUCGUAUGAAUCUGUACGGAUGUGAACAACAUAUCAACCGCGCUCGUACUGUGGAUGAGAAGCGGUUAGACUCGUAAUGAGUGAUAACAGUGAGCAUUUGUGUUUUGCAACUUUGUCCGCCCAUACUACGCCCUACAAACAAAUAGGUGCAUUCCUUUAUGGUUGUAAUUGCAAGUUACUCCAGCACCUGGUUGAUGAGUGGCAAUGUUACUUACCAGGUCGGCUUGAUGACGCUAAUGUUGGCUGUGACAACCCACUACAUAUCACGACAUGCGCGGAAACCUUAAUUUUGUUUUUGAAUCGCCAUUCUUAUCUGUUUUUCGCUCUUCCUCAUCUCUUGAGGAUUUGAUAAUAUGGAAGAUGAACAAUUUUAAAAUUCCUUUUAUGUGAAUAGAGAUCUUCAUGAAGUAACCCGUAUACACAUCAAAAGUGACUUGUGAGAAAUUGUUUUAACCAUGUAUGUUUGAUGCUCCCGAAAUUUUGUACAAUUUUUCUCCUUCAUUGCUCUGCUUUCACCGGUCCUGUGACCAAUGUAAGCAUCCCCAUAGUGCUUUGAAGCCACAUGCAUAUCUCCAUUUGCACGACAAAAGCUGUGAAAUCUUAUCUUUGGUGAAUCGCUUGUUGCCCCACACCAGGUGACCUAACUGUGUUCAUCUGUGUUCUUUCUGAAAACAUUACACUUUUUAUUCUUGCAUGCCGCGAUCUGAGAAAAGCAGCUGCGUCACUAGAAUCACUGCAGUUGAUAACAUCC